GUUCAGGAGUUCAGGACUAGAGCUUAGUUUAACUUUGUAGAAGUCGUUUAGUUGCAGUCACAGAGAGCCAUGGAGCUCGACAUGGAAUCCAUGGCGUCGGCAAUUGGAGUGUCAAUUCCCGUCCUUCGCUUUCUUCUCUGUUUCAUCGCUACUAUACCGGUGAGCUUUCUACGGAGAUUUGUCCCCGGAACACUUCCGAAGCAUAUCUACGCGGCGGCCUCUGGAGCUCUUUUGUCUUACCUGUCUUUCGGAUUCUCGUCCAACCUUCAUUUUUUAGUUCCAAUGUUGAUAGGAUACUUAUCGAUGGUCUUCUAUCGCCGUCGAUGUGGAGCCAUCACUUUCUUCGCCGGGUUCGGUUAUCUUAUUGGAUGCCAUGUAUACUACAUGAGUGGAGAUGCAUGGAAGGAAGGAGGCAUUGAUGCUACUGGAGCUUUAAUGGUGUUGACUCUGAAAGUCAUCUCAUGUGCAAUUAAUUGCAAUGAUGGGACAUUGAAAGAAGAGGGCCUGCGUGAAGCACAGAAGAAAAAUCGGUUGCUUCGGGUACCUUCUCUGAUUGAGUACUUCGGUUACUGCCUCUGCUGUGGAAGUCAUUUUGCUGGACCAGUUUAUGAAAUGAAGGAUUAUCUUGACUGGACAGAACAAAAGGGGAUUUGGAGCAAUGCGGGGGAAGGGUCAGGUCCAUCACCUUAUGGUGCAAUGAUUAGAGCUCUAAUUCAAGCUGCUGUAUGCAUGGGCUUGUAUUUGUACCUGGCACCAUAUUUCCCACUGUCCAGGUUUAUUGAUCCUGUCUAUCAGGAAUGGGGGUUCUGGAAACGGCUCAGUUACCAGUACAUGUCUGGCUUUACAGCACGCUGGAAGUAUUAUUUUAUCUGGUCAAUCUCAGAGGCUUCCAUGAUCAUCUCUGGUCUUGGAUUCAGUGGUUGGUCAGAUUCUUCUUCCCGAAAACCACGUUGGGACAAUGCUAAAAAUGUUGAUGUUCUUGGUGUUGAGUUGGCAAAGAGUGCUGCUGAAUUGCCCCUUUUGUGGAACAUCCAAGUUAGCACUUGGCUACGUUAUUAUGUUUAUGAGAGACUCAUCCAGAAAGGGAAGAAACCUGGUUUCCUUCAAUUGCUGGCUACACAGACUGUUAGUGCUGUUUGGCAUGGAUUGUAUCCUGGGUAUAUUAUAUUCUUUGUUCAAUCAGCUCUGAUGAUUGCGGGUUCUAAAGUUAUUUAUAGAUGGCAGCAAGCUAUACCUCAGAAUAUGGUUCUGGUUAGGAAGAUACUCACAUUUUCAAACUUUGCAUAUACGCUACUGAUUUUGAAUUGUUCUGCUGUUGGUUUCAUGGUCUUGAGCUUGCAUGAGACCCUUGCUGCAUUUAGGAGCGUGUAUUACAUUGGCACUAUUGUUCCUAUUGUAGUACUCCUCCUCGGCAAUAUCAUAAAGCCGGCAAAGCCUAACAGGUCUAAAGCUCGGAAAGAGCAAUGAGAUGGGACAGUAUCUUUCUGCUAGUCUUGGAGUGCUGGAGUAAGUUCAUUUGUUUAACAUAUAUGGUAAUGGUUUCUUCCACCUUUCCCUAGUGAAGUGUAAAAUGUUUCUCUUUUAGAUU